AUGGACAGCGAUGGAAGCUUUCCAUCAACGGGCCUUGGGAAGAGGGCGAGCACGGUGCAAGCUCCCGCGCAAGCUCCUCUUGAACUUCCCCCCUGGCGCCGACAUACGACGGGACCUGUCGCGACGGACGACUCCCCGGUGGAGAAGCGACUGAAAGGGUUGGAGCGCUUUGAACACGAACCGGGCGAUUUACUAAAGAUUCCGGAGGCUCCGCGCGGGCGAGAGCGAGACUCGCGAGGGGAGCUCGGGUACCAACCGGCCAGCGAGGCCGGAUCUGCAGACGUGGCUUUGGCGAAGGAGACCGAGCAUCGCUCGCCGGUCGUGAACUUCCUGCUUUGCCUGGUCAAUCUCUGCAUGGGACUGCUGACACCGACCAUGGUGGACAUGUCCCGCACGGCCAUGCAGUACCAACCGGGUGGGAUAGAGGGUGCCAGGUGCUUACCAUAUUCCACCGCUUCGGUCGUGAUGGCGGAAGCCCUGGUGAAUGUCGUCAUCGGCUAUGCCGCCAUCCGGAACAAGCAGGACAGCCUGCGCAAACUUAGGGAUUGGAAGAGCCACAAGGAGUUCCUCUGGCUCACGGUGACCUACUGCCUGGGGGACGUGGUGGCCCUGUGUGCGAUCGGUAGAGGCGGAGGGCUGCUCUUCAUAACCAUGAAUAACUCGAGGCUGCUCUUUGCUGCCGCAGCCUCACACUACAUGCUUGUUUCAAGGCCUCUCUCGGAGUGGUCUAUCCUCUUCGCCAUCUUUCUGUCCCUCAUUUGCUUUGCGGCAGGAACGACUUCCGGGCAGGAGGCAGAGCUGAGAAUAGGCACGGUCUAUGCCAGUGGUCUGGCAAUGCUGAAGGCCGGGCUGUCGGCUUUGGCAGCGGUGAUGACGGAGCGGCGCCUCAAGCUCUGCCAGUUCACGAUGAUGGAGGCGAACACUUUGCUGAAGAUGCAGAGCCUUAUGGUCGCACUUGUGGUUUUCGUGGCCCAGAUGCGUCUCGUGGAGGAUCUCUGCCCCGAGGACAAGGCACUUGUGACCACCCCCUGCGUGAACAGGAGGGGCUGGGACAGCUACACGGCCUUCGUGCUUUUUGCAGAGGUGGGCAAUGGCUGGCUGUCGGUGGUCAUCCUCGCACGAAUGUCGGCGAUCGUGAAGUUCGUCUGCAAGGCGGCGGCGGCGCCCAGUUUGUACGUGGUCUACGUGGUGACCAACUUUCGGCAGCACCACUUCGAGUGGGCGACCUUCGUGCCGAUCCUCAUCAUGACAGGCCUCAUUUACCUCUAUGCCGAGCCGCGCUGCUGCUGUGAGAAACAGAACCAAUGGACUAUCCACUAUUCUCGACCGUGA